AUGCUGCUACGGCCGAUCCAUCCUCUCCGCCUCGUCUCCUCUGCCCAGCUCAUCACUUGCGCCGCCGCUUCUGCUGCGCUGCUGGUGCGUGAGCGUCUCGUCUCCCUCUCGACCUCCAUCCAUGGCGACACCGGCGGAGAGCGCGCGGGUGUACUUCGCCAACGCGCUUCUGCCAGCGCCGCUCCCGACCCCGCCCAAGAGAAAGAUGCUGCCGCUGCUGCCGGCAACGCGCACGUCGUCCUCCUCAAGCCCAACUCAUCGCCGCCCAAGAAGCCGAGCCGCGCCGACACCGACGAGAGGUGGGGCGCACGCAAGGACGCCGGCAGCAACCCGCUCUUCAAGCCUGGCCGCGCCGACGCCGUCGCGAGGGUCGGCCAGGAGUGGAAGUCCGGCCGGCCGCGCGCGGCCGAGAGGUGGGACAGCGACAAGAAGACGAGCGCGACGUCGUCCUCGGUGAGCAACGACAUGGAGUUGGACACGCCGUGGCGGCAGCUUCUGCCGCGGGCGCUCUACGCUGGACUAGGCUUCAUCGCCGCGCCGAAGCCGAGCAUGCUUCCCAUGCCAUCGUCGUUGAUGGUGCGCGCUGCAUAG